AUGCCUGUGCACAGAGUAUUAACACCUGGUAUCAGGUUCAUCAGAACUCCUGUCUUCAAUAUCUCAAAGGAUGUUAAUUAUAUUCAACAUACAUGUCAUCGGUGUUUAAUAAAGGACCAUUCUAAUGCAUCGGGUGUCAGUCAAACAUCUCAAGAAAUUACCACUGAGUCAGACCAUCUUAGCAACUCAGAAAAAGAUAAAAGAACUCACAUUAUUAGGUCUGUUUCUCAAAACGAGAGUUCCACAGAUAAAACUCAUUCGGAUUUUAUCCAGGAAUUUUAUGAAGGAAAAAAAUUAAAUGAAGAUUUAGUAACAAAAGAAAAUCCUGUUUGUAAAGUAACAAAAACUCCACCCGAUCCGCCAACAGACUGUUGUAUGAGUGGCUGUGCGAAUUGUGUUUGGAUUACAUAUGCUGAAGAAAUGAAGGAAUUUUAUAGUGCAGAUGGUAUAGAGAAAGCCUUGAAAGAUAUUGAAGCAAUUGAGGAUGUCAGUUUGAAAGCCUUUCUAAAAGUUGAACUGAGUUUCUUGAAAAAACAAUGA